AUGCUAAGAAUCGGGCCCUGGAGUAAAUUUGGUCUUACGAUAAGGUGGCUCAAGCAAGAUUAUGCUGUUGAAUUCCCUCAUGAUUUGAGGCCUCCUUUGCAUAUGCCCAUUGUUUAUGGACCGGUGCGCGUUACAAUACACUCUAAUGCUGCUUCCCUUCUCUCCACAUCAUCUAUGUGCCAACUAUGUGGGCUUGAUUUUAAAACAUGCUCUUUCUACUUGGAGUAUAGAAAUCGUUUAUUGUCUUAUGCUUGCCUUUUUUUAUUUAAGUCAGAAACUCCUCUCAGAUGCCCAAAUAAUUGCUCUAAUGGCUCGUGGCAUGUCGUUUGCUUGGGGAGACAUCUAACUUCCUUGCAUGAGAGGACACUUUCAAAUGGAUCAAAUUCCUGCAAACCUCAAACUCCUGAUCCGUCAGCUUCUGGAUCUAUGCCAAUUCUUCUGCCAUUGACUGGAAACUGUCCGUCGUGCAAUGCCGCUGAUCUCUUUUGGCCUGCUCUCAUUUCGCAUUACUCAAAAUUCGCUUAA